CCCAGCUGCCGGCACACCACCCUGUGCCCAGCCGGCCUCCUGGAGGGUGAGGCCCGCCGGCUGAGGCCUCCUCCCUUCCCGCCAGCCGGAUGGCUUCGAGGCGGUGCGCCGGGAGAGAGCUGGAAGGGACUGAGGCCCCAAGGCCCCUCCGCGGAGCCACCGUUUCCAUGGAGGAUGCUGGCAAGGACGCCACCAGAUUCACUGCCCAUGCUCUGCCCAGUGACCCCCGGCUCUUGGCCACCGUGACCAACGCCUACUUGGGCACACGCGUGUAUCAUGAGACACUGCAUGUGAGCGGCGUGUACAAUGGGGCUUGGGGGGAUACGCACCGGGCCGUUCUGCCCAGUCCCCUCAAUGUCCAGCUGGAGGCCCCUGCAGGAUCAGGAGAGCAGCUGACCAAGACCUUUGUCCUGGACACUAACACAGGCUCCUUUCUGCACACCCUGGAGGGCCCCAGCUUCCGGGCCUCCCAGCGCAUCUAUGCCCACCGCACGCUGCCUCACGUCCUGGCCUUCAGUGUGUCCAUCACCCGCCUGGCCACAGGGAACUGGCCCAUCACUGUGCUGCUGCAGUCAGCCUUCUCCCCAGAAAGCCCGGACCUGGACCUGCAUCUGGGUCCUGACUUCCAGGGAGCCCGGUACCUGUACGGCCACACGCUCACCCCCGAGCAGCCUGGGGGGGCACAGCAGGAGGUGCACAUGCUGUGGACGCCGGUGCCCCCAGCCUUGACCCUUGGGGAAGGGGAGGAGGAUGGGAUGUGGGAGUUCCUGACGGUGGUGGGUGGCAGUCAGGCCGAAGCCCAGGCCUGCCUCGCCGAUGCCCUGCAGCUGCAGGCCAGGCACGCUCUGUACGUGGCCCACGCCCAGGCCUGGGCCCAGCUCUGGGCAGGCUGUGGCCUAGAUGUGGAGGGGCCCCUGCGUCUGCGCCAGGCCCUGCGUGGAGCUCUCUACUACCUGCUCAGUGCCCUGCCCCAGCCCGGGGCCCCAGGAUACGUCUGCCACGGCCUCAGCCCAGGGGGCCUCUCCAACGGGAGCCGUGAGGAAUGCUACUGGGGCCACGUCUUCUGGGACCAGGACCUCUGGAUGUUCCCCAGUAUCCUGCUGUUCCACCCAGAGGCCGCCAGGGCUCUUCUGCAGUACCGCAUCCGGACGCUCCGUGGGGCCCUGUACAACGCCCAGAACCUAGGCUACCAGGGAGCCAAGUUUGCCUGGGAGAGCGCGGGCUCCGGCCUGGAGGUCUGCCCUGAGGCCAUUUACGGGACCCAGGAGAUCCACAUCAACGGCGCUGUGGUGCUGGCCUUCUGGCUGUACUACCACACCACGCAGGACUUGCAGCUCUUCCGAGAGGCUGGGGGCUGGGAUGUGGUCAGUGCCGUGGCUGAGUUUUGGUGCAGCCGUGUAGAGUGGAGCCCUGGGGAGGAGAAGUUCCACCUGAAGGGAGUCAUGCCCCCUGACGAAUACCAUUCGGGGGUCAGCAACUCCGUGUACACCAACGUCCUGGUCCAGAACAGCCUGCGUUUUGCUGCUGCCCUGGCCCAGGACCUGGGUCAGCCCGUCCCCAACCAGUGGCUGGUGGUGGCUGAUAAGAUCAAGGUGCCCUUUGACCCGAAACUGAACUUCCACCCUGAGUUUGAUGGGUACCAGCCUGGAGAGGAGGUGAAGCAGGCAGAUGUUGUGCUCCUGGGGUACCCCGUCCCCUUCCCCUUGAGUCCUCAAGUUCGCAGGCAAAACCUGGAGAUGUAUGAGGCUGUGACGUCCCCCCAGGGCCCUGCCAUGACCUGGAGCAUGUUUGCAGUGGGCUGGAUGGAGCUGAAGGACCCCGGGAGGGCGUGGGACCUCCUGGAGAGGAGCUUCGCCAACGUCACGGAGCCCUUCAAGGUGUGGACAGAGAAUGCAGACAGGUCGGGUGCUGUGAACUUUCUGACAGGCAUGGGGGGCUUCCUGCAGGCGGUGCUCUUCGGGGUCACGGGGUUCAGGAUCACGGAGGCCGGUUUGACCUUCGACCCCAUGUGUCCAGCGGGGGUCUCUGGAGUGUGUGUCUCUGGCAUCUCCUACCAGGGGAGCAAGCUUGACUUCUCCUUCUCCGAGGGCUCUGUGACAGUUGAGGUCACUGCCCGGGCAGGGCCCUGGGCCCCCCCACUGGAGGCUGAGCUGUGGCCAUCACAGAAUCGGCUCCCUCUGUCCCCAGGACACAAGGUCUCCUUUCCCUGCUCAGCUGGCCGGAUACAAAGGUCACACCUGUAGGAAGCAGGGGCAGCAAGUUCUGCUCCAAGAGUUUCCUGGGAAGAUUUUUUGAAGACAUUAAACAUCUGCACAGAGCCCACAGGAUCCCCUCUGGGAAACCCUUGGGCCCUCCAGCCCCACCGAGUCCCCUCCCGCCGGCCCAGUCCUGCCCCCUCCCCCAAAACGACCAGGGCUAUUGGCUUCAGGGAUGUCUCUCAGGUCCUCCCCCUCCCUCUGCGGGUGCCCCCGCUGGCUGCACCCACCCCUCCUCAACGCCCUCCCAGCCUGCCGCCCCCUCCCACCCUCCUCCACAUGGCAGGCCAGGCUCGCGGGUUCCAAGGAAAGUCUGGAUUCUUUGGCCUAAGUUCAAGACUCUGCCUCUAGCCUGAGCUCCUCCCCAGCCUAACCCACCACGGAUGGGCAGCUUUCCUGCAGCCUCACGCAGCAUGUCUGCUCCCACCCUCCCUCAGUGCCCCUUCCCUAGGACCCCACAGGGUGAGGUGGGGGAAUGGCCAGCGGUUCUGUGGAGAAGACAGAGGCAGAGCCAGCCUUGAUGGAGAGCACAGCAGGAUGAGGGGCGUGGGGGAGACUCAGUCUCCUGUGGGAUUACUUGGGACACCGAGUCUCAGCUUCACCGCAAAGGAACCUUCCGUGUCACACAAGGGAGCAUCAAGUAUGGCUGGGUCCAGGUGCUCUUGGGCUGUGGUGAGCACUCAGCAUCCUCGGUCCUUGGGUCCUCUUGCCCCUGGGCCACUCAGUCAAGUUGGAUGGUCUCUGUCACAUGCCUUUCCUCAGCCAGGAAGGGAGGGGAGUGGGGUGUGACCCCGCAUCUCCUCUGACCAGCCAGAAGGGCAGGGGCCAAGUGUGCAUGAGCUCAACGCCAUGGCCCUGGGCCCACCUGUCCUGGGCAGGCUGCCCUCGGCCUAGCCCCUGCCCACUGUCUCCUCCUGGGCUUCAGCCCCUCGGUUGGCACCGCAGACUUGGGUUUCCCCAGGGCGAGGCGAGAUGGUGUCUGCCAUGGAAAUCCUGGCGAGGGCCGAGCCUGCUGCACCAGAUCCGCCUGAGGAAUGGGCAAGCUUUGUCUGCUGUGAGGAGCUGACAGCUCCCUCCUGAACGUGAGGAUUUCGUAAAGGAUAAAGUUUCCCUUCCACGCGGCCGG